AUGAUAUACCAAAAACUUGAAGGAUUUUCAUAAAAAAAAGUAAAUAUUCAACAUCAUUAUAUAUUUUAUUUUUAAAUAAAAAACCUUAAAAUUCAAUUUACAUUUACUCAUAUAUUAAUAAAAAUUAAAAAUAAGAUAUAUGAAAGUGAAUUUAUUGAGCUUUUAAAAAUAGGUCAAGGCGGUUUUGCUGAUGUUUUUAGAGCUUAACAUAAACUAGACGAAAACUUAUAUGCAAUAAAAAAGAUACAUUUAAAAAUAAAAAACCCAAGGGAAGAUUUACAAACCGAAUUCGAUAAAAUAGCUCGAGAAGCUAAAAUUUUAUCCUAAUUAAAUCACCAAAAUAUAAUUAAAUAUUUCCAAAGUUGGAUUGAGGUAACAUGUAAAAAAACCUCGAAUAGAUAAAAGCAUUCUAAAUAAAACUCCUAAGGCACUUAAAGUAUCAAAAAAUCUUUCUAAAGCAAUAGUGAGAAUGAAUGUACAAAUGAUUUUUGCAUAUAAAUAGACGGAGAAAACGACAAUAUAGAAUUUAACGAUAAUUCUUAAAAAUAGCUUUCUUAAAAAUAACUUUCUUAACAAUAAAUUUAAAAGAACGAAUAAUAAAAAAUUGAAAAAUAAAUACAUAUAUAAAAGCCACCGAAAGAUAACAAAAAAAACAUCUCCACACCUAUAUCUCCUCUAAAAUAAACCCAUGAGAAAUACGACGAAAUAAUACUCUUUUUAUAGACAGAAUUAUGUAAAGAAACCCUAUGUGAAUAUAUAUAAAGUCGGAACAAAUAAUUAUUAGAUUACUAAGCAAUUAUUUAAUAACAAUAGAAAAGUUUCUCAAAUGAAUUAGAAUUAACACAAGCAUAAAAACAUGAAGCAAUUUUGAUAUUAUAGUAAAUAAUACAAGGACUUUAAUACAUACACAAUACAUGUAAUAUAGUACAUAGAGAUUUAAAGCCUUAGAAUAUAUUUUUAACUAAAGACCUUUAAGUAAAAAUAGGAGAUUUCGGAUUAGCUAAGAAACUUACUUAAAAACAAAUAAAUAAUAUUUCUUUAAAUAACUUCACUACAAACUCAAAUAAUAGCACAUAAACUAAUAAUACUGAAUAGGCUGAUAUAUAUUCCCUAGGGAUUAUUAUUUUAUAAAUGUUUUAUCCUAUGACUACUACUAUGGAAUUAGUAAAAACAGUUCAUAUGUUAAAAAAAGGAGAAUUACCUAAAACUUUUUAAUAGAAAUUUCAAAAGUUGUCUAAAAUUAUCCUCGAUAGUCUUUCCAAUGAUCCAAAUAAAAGGCCCUAACUUUUCUAAAUAUACUAAGCUCUGGAAGUAAUUGAAAGCUAAGAUAAAAUUUUACAAGCUUAGGUUUUAGGAAAGUAUUAGAUAUAAUUAGAAAGUUCUAAUUUGGGAGUUUAAUGGAAAAUUCUAAAGGUUAUUAAAGACAAAUUGUUACUUUUUGGUAACGAAAACGCGAAAAAAGCUGAAAUUGUGUACACUUUAAAAUAAGCAAAUAUUGAAUUAUUAGAGGAUCAAAAAGGAUUGAAAAUUAAUCAUAUAAUAAUGUAAAAUUUAACUAUUUAUUUUAAUAAUAAUCUUUAAAAAUGUGAAAUCUUAUUCUAAUAAUUGCUUUAAUAAUAAUAAUAGUGA